AUGUCUGACUUUACUGCGAUUUUCGAGGAGAUUGAAGCGAUUAAUCCUGCACUCCACGGCUACCUCCAAAGAGCUGAUGUCCGACUGUGGACGCAUGUUCAUUUCCCGGGCGAGAGGUACAAUUUGAUGACUACAAACAUAGCGGAAUCAAUGAAAAGAGCAUUGUCGAAUGCUAGAGGUCUGAACAUUGGUCGAAUAUUAGAAUCGAUACGGGUUAUGAUGACCAGAUGGUUUGCUGAACGGAGAGAGGAUGCCAGAUUGCAGCCAACGACGCUUACGCGUGGUGUCGAAAAACUACUACAUGAUCGAGUAACUGCCGCCAGAGAUUUGACAGUCCAAAGGAUUGAUGAUCAUCACACUGAAGUUAAAUAUGGAUCUUCUAGCGAGUCUUUGAAUGUUGUUAAUUUGGUAGAGCGAAAUCCUUACUAUAACAGUGCAUAUUUGGUGAGCGCAUACGCUGAAUCGGUCAUGUCUGCUGACUCAGCGCAACCUGUUCCAGAAAUCGUGGCUAACCAACCGUGCUUGCCCCCGUCUAUUCGUCAACAGCCAGGAAGACCUAAGAAAAAUAUGAUGAAAUCUGCUUUAGAAGUUGCACUUCAAAAAAAACGUCCUAGGAAAGAACACACAUGUUCUCGAUUUAGACAGAGUGGACAUAAUGCGGAAACUUGUCCGAUGUAA